CGUGAAAUGGACAUCGGCGACCUUCCUGAGGCAUCCAAGACACAAUCACCGAAGUCGUACUUGUACACUUCAAUCGCCCGCAACCAUUUGGGCGAUGUAGCCGCACUCAUCAUCUCCUGUUUGAUUUCCUAUGGCCGAUUGACGGCUACAGACAUCAGCCACAGAACAAAAAUCCCUGUGAAAAAGGUGAAAUCAGCCCUUGUAUCAUUGAUUCAGAUGAAUUGUAUCUUCUACUGGCGAGAGAGUGGAUCCAAACAGGUUUUCUACUCAUUCAACGAAACUGGCAUUCUAGUGUUCUUACACUCUGGAGACAUCAUUAGCCACGUCACAACACACUAUGGAGAGGAUUCUGCAGAAAUCGUGCAGAACAUCCUUGUGAAUGGUCAUAUCCGUAUAGAAGACUAUGUCAACAAUAUUGACGAUGAAGAAAAGAAGUUGGAUAUACAGACAUUAUUUUUCCGUCUCUUCACCGAUCGCUGGAUCGUCAGAUUACAACCCUUCAACUUUAACCCUGUAGACGAUAUCUGGAAUCAGUUGUACCAGGAGACCCUUAAAAACACGCCCAGAACCUCCACCACGAGUGAGGUGAAGAGGGUUGCGGAGGCUAAAGAGAAGACAAAGACCAAAUUCAUCAACCUCAUCGAAUCAGGACAGAGUCCGAAGGACUUGUACCUAACCCAAGAUGGUAUCAAGCGUUUGAACCCUGCGUUAGUCGUCACCUUCAACUUGUCCAGAUUCCAAAAGCACCUCAGGACGACGGCUCUUGUCUCAUUGGCCAAAUCCAGAGUAGGAUUAUUAUCGGCCAGAAUCUAUGAGUCUGCAUUGAAAUUGGUAGAAGCGUCGAGUCCUGAUCUCACACACCCAUUCUUACAAAUUUCCGGUUUGAUCAACGAUCCUGAAGAGGCCCGGUUCUUUGUCAACUCCAUAGAAAAUAAGUUGGUUGACGAGAAGAAAACUGUUUUCAACGUCAGAGAUUUGGGACGAUUACUUCCGCAUGAUCUAGACUUGAGAAACUCUAUCUUAACUUACAACUUUGUAAAACAUAACCUCACCCCAAAGAAGAGAUCAGCCAGCAAUGGUGAUGACGAGAGGCCAACUAAAAAGAUAAAAACAGAAGAUUCUGAUGAUAUUGCGGAAUCGCUCGAAUCUAAUGGAACCGUGCAAAUCGAAUCCAACGGCAACGGCAAUUCUAUUUCCUUAAUUCAGCAUCAUUUAAAACUAUUAUCUUCUGGAUCAGGGGCUCAGUUGUUGAUUGAAAUUACACCAGGAAGUUAUACCGUCCCAUAUGCAUCAUUGUUGAAAUACUUGAAGCAAUACAAUUUUGAGACUUUGGUCAAGACGACUUUAGGUCCCAACUCUUUCAGAAUUUUGAGAUGCUUAAAAUCAUUAAAAAUCGGUGACGAGAAGACGAUUUCCAACUCUGUAUUAUUAAAAGAAAAAACCGUUAGAAAUGAAAUCUACAAAUUGCUCAAAGCUAACAUGCUUGAAGUUCAAGAAGUUCCGAGAAGUGCUGACAGAGCUGCUUCCAAAACAUUCUACUUGUUCAGACACAAGGAGUUCUAUAGUUACGAAUUCUUGUGCAACUCGCUAAUUUUCUCAAUGGCUGAGAUCUUGUCCAAUAUUCAGGCUUUUAGAGAGGACCACAAGAUAUUGUUGGAAAAAUGUGAAAGAGAAGACGUCAAGGGCCACGAAGAAGAAUUGUUAUUGGAAUCUGAAUUGAAGACACUAAAGAGCUUGCAAACAAGACAAGUUAGUAACACUGUCAGAUUCAAUAGAAUUAAAUCGCUUUAUGAGAUCUAUCAAUAGACUCUAAGAUCAACUUGCAUAGUGGCUUCAAUACGAAUAGUCAGAUUUAGCUUGAACCAGUUAGAUAUAUAAAAUCAUUCGAUACUAAUAU